GUCCCUCCCGGCGCUCAUAUGACAUAACAAUACAUUUGUUUUGAUUGCAGUUAUCAACGAAACACUGGUCUGAAUGGUGUUUACAAGAAGUGGAUGACAUGUGUCAGUCAAUGGUGUGUAUGGCUUGUGGUGUUGUGGUGGCCCUCAUGUGGAUGGCGUGCAUCUCAUCCCUCGAUGUCAUCGAUUCCAACGCCAGGAGUGAGACACCGGUCAACACGAAGACUGAUUCAGACAUCUCUCUCUGGAUCGAUGAGAAACAGGUGAAGCAGUUCUUCAAUGGGUUUCCGCUGAAGAUCUACGCCAUCCUCGAUGGCAAUGUGUUGCCGUAUGUGUUGGACCCAAAUCUGGACAAAUAUCUGCCAACACUUCCCUUUUCGGUGUCUUCGGUGAACCUGACGUGGAAGUCGGGCGACCAUCACAUGUAUUCAUACGAUUUCGAUGAACUGGUCUCUUAUAACCAGGAGAUACUCAGUCAACCCAUCCUUUCCAUUGAGUCCAAAGGCAAGGUCCCGAAGAAAGCCAAAGUAUUUCAGGUGUUUAUCCCAUGCGUUGGUAAUGUCAGUGGAAUCGCCACUUUCACCAUCGGCUUAAGAAUUAUUAACUCCGAGACUAAUCAGAAUCUCGUGGGAACUCCUCUGCGACUGAAACUUCAGAAACAGUGCGCCGACAGUACACCAGAUCCUGAGUGCGACAAGAAGUGCGGAAAUGGCAAAUGUAACCAAAACAAGAUCUGCGAGUGUCCUACAGGUGGGAUGUCCUACAAGACUAUUUGCAUUCAUUCUUAUAUGACUUUUGUUUUUUGGGCAAAUUCUGUGAAUCAGUGUAUGAAUGGUGGUACUUGUGUCGCACCGGGAGUUUGUUCCUGUGCUCAAGGAUUUCAAGGCUUUUACUGUGAAGGAGGCAUUUGUGGAGAGAAGUGUCUGAAUGGCGGCAAAUGCAUCCAAAAGGACAUGUGUUGGUGUCGUAGAGGUUAUUAUGGGCCCCGCUGUGAAUACUCGAAAUGUGUGAUCCCGUGCCUCAAUGGCAGCCGUUGUGUUGGAGCGAGGGUUCAUCGGCUCUCAGUGCGAGUCCAUCAGCGACGACAAGAACCAAGCUGUGAAUACUCGAAAUGUGUGAUCCCGUGCCUCAAUGGCAGCCGUUGUGUUGGAGUGAAUCGAUGUCGUUGUAGGCGAGGGUUCAUCGGCUCUCAGUGCGAGUCCAUCAGCGACGACAAGAACCAAAGCUCUCACAACCAUAAGCCGGUCGUCAAGAAGAAGCGAAAGAAAUUUGUUUGA